CUCACAACCAAUCAAUACUCCUCUCUAUAAAUACCAAUAUCCAAGAACCUCCAUCCUAAAUCAUCCCAGUCUACAAUGGCUGUCAAGAAUGUGCUUAUUGUGUUGGCCUUUGUUUGCUGGAUUUCUAAUGCAUUUGCAACGAGGGAUCAUCAGCUGCAUGUUAAGCCAGGAGAGAACCUGAAAGCGAGGCUCGAAGCAAGCGGCGGACUGGUGGAGUGCUGGAAUGCAUUGAUGGAGCUGAAAUCAUGUUCAAAUGAGAUUGUGCUGUUCUUCCUUAACGGGGAGACUGAUUUAGGCCCUGACUGUUGCAGUGCGAUUGAAGUUAUAACUAAGAAUUGCUGGCCUGCAAUGCUUACUUCACUUGGUUUCACUGCAGAGGAAGGGAGCAUAUUGAGGGGUUACUGUGAUGCAUCAUCAUCCUCUGCUCCUGCCGUCGCUCCUACCGCUACUCGCUCCGCCGCGCAGGAUCAGAUGUAAUGGCGUCAAGCUAGAGGAGUUGGUUUGAUGGUUUUUGUGUUUAGAAUAAACGGUUUUGCCUUCUUGGCCUUAUGUUUUGCUUCCAUCCUUUUGUGUAUCCACUUU